CCUUUUUUUAAUAUUGUUUUGUUCUUUUUUAAAUGACAUAUUCAUUUAACUUUUAACCAAAACAAUAUUUUGAAAUAGACAGAUGGAGGAUGAAACCUACCAUGUAAGACCAUUUAUGGCAGCUUCAAGCGAUUAUGCUAUUGAAAUGGAACCUGAAUCACCUCGUCAUUCAACUGAUAUACCACAAAGGAAAAAUUCGACACAAGUCGACGUCUGUUAUCCUUAUGAACCUCAGCUCCUUGAUCAGCAUUCGACGAUCGAAACAGACGUUUUAAAUGCCUAUCUUGAAAAAGACGAUGAGAUUGUAGAUCCCGAGUUCAAAACAGAACGUCAAAUGUCGGCUAAAUUAGACGACUUGUUGGAAAAUAAUAACGAAAGGGCUUCCAUGUCUAGAAGAUAUAGUCUUUAUGGAGAAAUUAUCAAAGACCCAUCCGAAGUAAAUAAGAACAUUGAUCGGUACACUUUUUAUUCCGCCGAGCUUGGAUCAUUGAAGACUCGUUCGUUUAAAGAAUUGCUUGAAACCAGUUCUCCAGAUCAAGAGUUUAAAACCGUAGCUGAUUUAUUAGUAGAGACGACAAGUUGGUGGAUAGAUGUACUAGCCCCUACAAAUGAUGAGAUGCGUGCCAUCAGUAAGAUUUUUCGAAUUCAUCCUCUCACAACUGAAGAUAUUCAAGCCCAAGAAUCAAGAGAGAAAUGUGAAAUCUUUCAAAACUACAUGUUUAUUAGUUUCCGUAGUUUCAAUCAUGAUUAUAAUAGCCAAGACUACUUGGAUGCGGUCAGUUUUUAUAUCGUCAUUUUUAAAGACGGUGUCCUCACAUUCCGUUUCCAAGAUUUACCACAUCCUCAUAAUGUGCGUCGCCGUAUCCAUCAACUGAAAGAUUUCAUCAAAGUUACACCCGAAUGGAUUAAUUACGCUCUUAUCGAUAACAUCACGGAUAGCUUUGCCCCUUUGAUUCAACACACUGAAUUAGAAGUAGAUUCUAUCGAUGAUCUUGUCCUUGUAUUGAACGGAUCUGAGCAAAAUGAUAUGUUGCGCAGAAUUGGUAGUUGUAGAAAAACCGUUAUGCAAUUACUGCGAUUGUUAAGUCCCAAAGCAGAUGUUGUGAGGAGUUUAAUUAAGCGUUACGAAGACAAAGCAAAAGAGAAUAUGUAUAACACAAGGUUAAGAGAAUCACAAUCAACAAAUACUGAUGUAUAUCCAGAGCAAGAUGAAAACAAAGUUCAUCAUGAAGUUACCCUAUAUCUUGGUGAUAUCCAAGAUCAUAUUCUUACUAUGUUGCAAAAUGUAAACCAUUACGAUCUUAUCCUUGGUCGUGCCCAUAGAAACUAUUUAGGCCAGAUUUCCAUUGAAUUAUCUCAAGCGGGUAACACCACUAAUGGGGUUAUUAACCGAUUGACUUUCUUUGCUACUAUUGUUGUACCUCUGAAUCUAGUGGGUAGUUUAUUUGGUAUGAACGUUAGUGUGCCAGGCCAAAGUGAAAAUGAUUUAGUCUGGUUUUUUUGGAUCGUCCUUGGUAUGGUUUUAUAUGUUGUUUUUAUGGUUGCAGUUGGAAAAAGAACAGGAUUUUUGUAAUAUAUUGUGUAUUUAAUAUCAUAUUUUGUACAAUUAAAGUAGUAUUUUUUUUUUU